CCGUUUGGAAGAGGAGGAGCAGAGAGAGAAGAUGGCGCUUCGCGAUGAAGCAGGAAGCGGCUGUGGACUUUACUAAAAUCAAAACAACUAGACAACUCAACAGGUCGUGGGGAGGACGGGAAAAACGUCAUUCUUCCUUGUAGAACAACUGGAAAAGGAUCUAAAUGGCUUCAAAGAAGUCUGGAUCAGAUGUUAGUAACACGGGGCCCUUCAGUUACCUGGAUGAUGUACAAUUUAAAAUCAGCGACAAGUUUAAAACUCCUCCUAAAGUUGGUUUGCCAAUGGGAUUCAAACUGCAGGACUACCACAUUCUUUUGGCUGAAUGCGAGUAUGAUUUUUCUCCAGCAAAGAGGAUUAUUGAGUGGGGGAAGGAAAUAGAGCAGAUGCGUCUAAGACAAGAGGAGGCUGACCUGGCAGCCAGCACUAGAGACAGACAAGAAAAUGUGCCAGAAGUAAAUCAAGAAGAUACACAGAUUGAAACCAGUGGUGGUCCCCUCUCAGCAAUCCACCCAAUCUUGGCAGGUCUGAGGCACAAUGACAUCUUGACACCUCUUCCGGCACCAAGCAUUGCAGUAUCCAAGCAGAGAGAUCUUAGUCCACCACCUUCCCAUAACAGUACUUUCAACUUGGCAGAUUUUGAGUGUGAAGAGGACCCUUUUGACAAACUGGAAUUAAAGACCAUCAAUGAUAAGGAGGAACUUCGCAAUAUCUUACAAGUUGUUAGCAUUCCAGAAUCCACAGAAGUCACAGUCUCAGAUACCAAAUUUGACUCUUCCAAGUUCUCUCUAAUUCACAAACCCAAUGGUCUGAUCACACUUCUACAGUUAGAUAGUUCUGAGAGUAGCAAGUUGUCUCCUCUUGGCCCUGGUACUCCAUUUGCUGCUCUCCCUUGUAACAUACGCUCCCUUUCUUUUCCCAAGCUUUCUGACUCAGAGGAGCAUCCUUCUGCUUCCAUGGACAACAAAAAUCAAAAUAUAAUGUGUUCAUCUAGGAGCUCUGAGCGACCUGUUUCUCUGCCUAAUGGCUCUGCAUCUCAGCUGACUGCAGUCUUGAAGGACAAAUCAAAUGUGCAGACUUCUCGGCAUGGAUUCCCAGUUGACAAGAGUGGUAGCUCUGCUACUAUCUUCCAUACAGGAGUGCUUCCUGAAUCUCUUUGCAAUAAACAGGUGAAACAACAUGCUCAGUUUGUUUCAUCCAAAACACAUUCUGCUGUCUCCUCAAACAGUGUGGAUGAUGUAGUGUCUGUGGGUGCUGUUCUGAAGGCCUUAUCACCAAGUGAGAGAGAAUGCGUGGAAACACUUGUUGGUAUGGGAUACCCUUCAGACAGUGUCAUAAGAGCUAUUCAGAAACAAGGACAAAAUGUGGAUGAGGUGUUGGAUUAUCUUCUGGUGUAUGGACGAUUGUGUGAGAAAGGUUUUGAUGCAGGCUCUGUUGAGGAAUGUCUAGAUAGAUAUUCAUGUUCAGAGGAAAAAGCUUUGGAAUUUUUACAGCUGAUGUCCAAGUUUCAAGAAAUGGGCUUUGAGCAGAACAUGAUCAAGCAAGCGUUGAUAAUACAUGGCAGUAACCAGGAAAAAGCACUGGAGGAACUUGUGGCACGAGGUGGAGCAAGCUGAGAGUGCCCUACACCCUCUACUUCAUUUCAUUUGCUUGUUUUCUUUCAAAUAUUUAUGAUGGAAAAUUUUGUCAAAAGUGUUGGAAUACAAGUUUGGGAUGAAGUCAGAAAGUUCUUACCAGUUUGGAAGUUUACUGAAGAAAGAAAACCGGUGAAGCAGUGGUCAGUGUAAUUGAUAAAUGUCCAAGAAUAUGGCUGAUGUGGAAAACCCUGCUGUGCCUGCAGAAUGGAAUGUUACAAGAUACUCUUUAGCUAUUUACUUGCACGAGCUAGGAAUAAACUGUGAUUUGAAGAUAAAAAACACCAAACACCUCCUAGAAGCAUGAGUGAAAAUAAGAAGUGCCCUUCUGUACAUUUUGAAUUUUUUUUAAGGAGUGAGAACUUUUUUCUGAUUUUUUUUUUUUUUUUUUUUUUUCUCUCGAAAGUAAAAUUGCUUUAACAGGAGUGCAUCCCUAGACUACUCCAUUUUUCAUGCUUGCACUGUCUAAGACUCUUAAGAUUUAUUUUUGAACUAAACUUGCCAAUUGCCAGUUUCGAAAGACUAAAUGGUAGUAAAGGAUCCCAAUUUAGCAAAAGCUUGGAGCAGGUAGUACAAUAGAAACUUUAAUGACUUAACAUCCGCCUGGAAGACUAAACAACCUGUCUGUUGCCCCCCUUCCUGAAAAAUGCCAUAUUUAUUUGUGUCUUCUAAUUCAAAGAAUAUUUUUUAAAUUCCCAUCAGUUCUCUUCUAGAUUCUCCCUGAAAUGGGUAGAAAGUUGAUUUAUGCUGAAAAUUUCACUGCUUUAAUUGUUAGUAAAAUUAGAAGUGUGAAGUGCCACAGAUUUUUAUAUCUCCUGUUAUAAGAAUAUAAUACAACUGAAUAUAAACUGGAUAAAAAGAAAUGUCUUGAGUUGGUAUUCACAUGAACCUUGAUACUAGACUGUUGGCAUACAUUUAAGAAAGAUUUAUUGUGUAUCCCUUGGUUUUGUACUGUGAGAGCUGUUCCCUUUUUCAUCAUUACUGUUAUGUCAACUUCACUCAACACAGUAAUUCAUUGGAAGCCAAGAUUUAUUAAAGUACAUGGAUUCUGAGGUUUGACUACAUUUAAUCUAUAAAUAAUAACAAACCAACAAAAAUUUCUGUCACUUCCUGUAUUCAGAAUGUGAUGUUUAUUUUAGGUAUGUACAAUGUGAAAGAAACAUAGUCACACAUCUUUGAAGGUGUUUACAUCCUUUUUAUUUCAAAAUUAUUAUGCUAUCAUAUCAAAAUCACAAAACAUUUGCAUGUGUAUAUGGGCUAUGAUGUCACUUGAUCUGAUAAACUGCUUUGAACACAAUAAAGAUAGUCCAGAUGAUUUUAAAUCCAGAAUAUGUAUUUAUGUACAUCUUGUCUCUGCAUAUUUUGCAGUGACACACUGUUCAGAAUUCACAGUUGUAGCAAUUUCUGCACAACUAAUGUUUGGUGAAACCCUUUCAGUCUUAAGGUUUGAGAUGGUUAAAAGUAAAAUGUAAAAAAAAAAAAAUCAUCUUAAGUAGUUUGUCAUAUUUCUUAGCCAAGUGAAUUUGAUACUGUUGAUUUACCAAUUUUCAGUAUAAGAUUAUUAAAAAUGAUUUUUUAAAUGGAACACCUACCCUAUCUUUAGCAACAUACAUGCUUAAUUACCACCUCUUUUGUUCAAGCAAUAAAAUAAUGUAAUCAAUUUUAGCUUUAUAGCUUAAAAAAUUGUAAACAAAAAGGUAUGGGUUAGUUUAAUUAUCAAUCUAAAUAGUUUUGAAAGCUCCACAAAAUUAAAUUUAUCUUGCUAAUUAAUUUUCAAAACUUUAUUACUCCGGUUAUUGAACAUGCAUUUGGCAGGUCUCUGAAAAGUCUUGAAAUAGUAAAAAAAAAAAAAAAAAAAAAAAGAAUGUGGGUUUACUAUUAAUAUAGGAAUCAAUACCAAAAUACAGUUAUAUUAAUGAAGAAUAAAUUGUGUAAACUGUAGAAAUGGCAUUGUUAGGAUUUGUAUUCUCUUCUGACAGUUGUAUAAAGCCAGCUGUAAGUAUGUUGAAUUUGUUAGAAGUACAGCUAAACUAGAUAAUGUUGAUAUCUAGUUCAGGCAGUAAUAGUAGAUGGAGGAUAAUGAUUCACUGUCAUCUUCCAAAGUCACUGUCAGUAAAAUUAUUGCCAUCAUAAUUGCUUAUUUAAACUUUAAUGAUCUUUUUGCCUAAGAUGAGUGCAUUAAUAAUUAAAAUACUAAUUUGGAUUAUUUCAUUUGUAGUUAUUUCAGAUGGUGUUUCUUUCAUGACAUUUUUGUAGUUGGGUUAGUUAUUACAUCUGUUUAAAUUAUGCAUCAAGUUUCAAAUUUAGAUACUGUUUUUCUGCCUUUGAAAUAAUUUUGUGAUUGAGAAAGCAUCUUGGUCCUUAAAAAUUCCCCAAGCUGUUUAAUUUUGAAGAUUAGCAUAAAAUUUAUUUUGAGUAUGCUUAGUAACAAAAAUAUAUUUUAACAGACUUACAAAAAGUAUUUUUUUAGUCGCUUGUUUUAUCAAAAUAACUGGCAGUUUCAUAAUUUGAUAUUAUAUUGGCAUGAGAAUGCUUUACAUUUUUAUGUAAAUGAAGCCAGUUUUAAAAUGUCAAUUAUUAGAUAUUAGAUAUACUAAAUGACAAUAUAAAGUUGUUGAAUGGUUUUCAAAUUGUAACAUGACAAAUCUGUGGGUCACAUUAUCUUUAAAAUGUUUGGACUGGUUCUACCAAAAAAACUCUUUUAGCAUAUUUACAACAUAUUGCGAUCCUAUCCCUCUAAAACCAACAGCUGUGUCUCAUUGUUCAUAAUCAUACACUUAUGUCUUCGGGUGUUGCAGCCCAUUUCUAGGAAAGAGAGUUUUUUUUUAUUUGGUUUGGCUGUUAUGGUAACAGAUGAAAAGGAGCUGAUUUCCCUUUUGUGUUGAUCAGGUUUAAGCACUUUCUUUAGAUUUUUGUUUGAAAUUUUUUUGUUUAAUUUAUUUCUGUUUUUUAGGGGUUUUUUUUUCUACUGAUUGAAUACUUUUGAAAAUUGUAAGAAUAUAUAGGAGUGCCCUAUCAAAUAUUAGUCUUCUAUAAUAUUAUUUGUGAAAUAAGGCAGUAAUGAUACUAUUCAAUAGGAUGAAAAUGCUUUUACUAUUGAUUUCUAAAUGCAAAAAAGGUACUAAUAAAAUCCGCAUCAAAAACUGUA